CACUGACUGUAAGAUUCAUCACCAGGAGGUUCAUUGGAGACUAUGACCCAACCCUAGAAAUGAUCUACAGACACAUGGCUGUCAUCGACGGGGAGAUGGUGCACUUUGAGAUCCUGGACACAGCCGGGCAGGAGGAGGACUCCCUGCAGAUCGAGGAGAAGAUCAAGUGGGGCGAUGGCUUCGCCGUGGUGUACUCGGUGACGGACCGGUGCAGCUUCGACGAGGUGCUGCGGCUCUGCUUCCUCAUCAACCACAUCCACGCCAGCCCCAAGCGCAGCGCCGCGGCCGAGCAGCCCCCCGUCGUCAUCGUGGCCAACAAGAAGGACUUGCAGUUCGACAGGAUGGUGUCCACGGAGGAUGGUGAAAACCUCUCCAAGGCCCUGAAGCUUCCUUUCUACGAGAUCUCCACCCGGGACAGCUACGAGGAGACCGUGGCGGUGUUCAACACCCUCUACCAGGAGCUCAUGAGGCAGGGGCAUUUCUCCCCGGGCUCCUUCAAGAGGAGGACGGUGUCAAAGCUGAUGGAGAAGAUCCCUAAGAUGCAAGGCAGCUCCACCUUGAACUCCGCGGGCCGGAGCCUCAGCUUCAACUCCUUCAGGGACUACAUCCCCGAGUGA